AUGAUUGAAGACGACGUGGAUAGCACGAAUGGGAGUGUGAACUACGUAGAAAUGUGUCCACCCGAAAGAACACUGUACAGGUACCUGACGACGAUGCUCCACCUGGUGCUGAUAGCGAGUAUCGUAGGCCUGGUCAGCAUGGGUUUAUACUUCCUUCGAACCCCAUGCGAACCAUGUGAUUACUACAACCGUGUGUUGGCGAUAGGCAUAUGGAUAAAAAGUAUCUGCCAUGUCCAUUUAACAAUUGUGAGGGUAAAGAAGCGAGACGAAAUAGAAAACAACGAAAGGUUCAGAAGUCUGGUGAUAUAUUUGAUUAAGUUAUUUAACUCAUUAACAUUCCUCCUGGUGUUGUUGUCUCUUCACCUGCUGCAUUUUUACAGAAACAAAUGCUCCUUUAACACAUUGGCUCUAAAAUUCAUAAAGCUCUAUUACUAUCUAACCAUCACCUUGUACUUCCUACCCCUGCUAUUUUACAUUUCCCUAGGCUUAUUCCUUUCCAUAAUUAUUUGUGUCAUUGUGAACUUCUCCGUUGAUGAAAACGACCGCAUUCCGACGCCAGAAAAUGUGAUAAGUAAAUUGACCGUCCUAAAGUACAGCGAUAUAAACUUUGUCCGGGGUAAUUCGCGCAAUGAACAGAAAAAAAAAAAAAAAAAAUUAAAAAAACCAUCUUUUGAAGUUAUAUUUGAUAAGGUCAAGAGGGUUAUGCAGAGGAAGGACAAUAGAGAGGAGGAAAAAAAAAAAAAAAAAAAAUUUAGGGAUUCUUUCAGUGUGAGAAAUACACCACCACCCCUUGUUGAUGACCAAUUGAAGGAGAUGCUAAAUCCUCUUAAGGGAAGUAAUAAUCCAAAUGAAAAUUUUGACUCAGUCAAUGGAGAGUCUCCGGGGAAAGUGCCCACCCCUGGUUCGGAAGUCGCAUCCAAUGGGGUGGGCAGUUCACACCUCGGGGUGGACAACGACCAAGCUGACGAGGAAGGUUACCAGGAAGUUGACGACGAGGGAACUGAGGAAGAUGAAGAUAUCUGCUCCAUAUGUAUGAUGAACUACGUGCGUAGCGAUGAUGUCAUGAUGAUGCCUUGCGACAAGCGUCAUUUCUUCCAUGUAGGUUGCCUUACCAAGUGGUUGUACAAAAGCCAAGCGUGCCCCAUCUGCAGGACCAACAUUGUCAGUUGUCUGAACGCACAGGGUGAAGUUGUUUGA